GCGAACGAGAUAAGAUUGCCGCGCCCUUACUUGCACGAGCACGGACCUAAAUGGACUGUACCUUGGGGAUUGUUAUUGCCUAAUUCGUCAGUUCAUUAUCGCUAUUCUUUGUCGACCAUUAUUCUCUGUCUUAUUCAACUUCGACUCAGAAAACUAAUAUUCCCCCCUUUGAUGUUAACAUCGUAUCUUUCCAAACGUUUAUCCUCACUAUCCUCAGCAGCCAAGAUGGCCACCCAAGUCUCUGAUAUUCCAACUGUUGCGCAACUAUAUCAGCUCAAGAAGCUCUCACCCCCAGCGACCGAGACUGGCACUUCCGUAACGCCAUCGGAGGCCCUCAACAAUAAGGUUUCCAUUUUUCGUGGCAAUAUCACGAAACUCCAGGUCGAUGCUAUCGUCAAUGCAGCCAACAAGUAUCUGGCCGGAGGAGGCGGUGUCGACGGAGCAAUUCACGCUGCAGCCGGCCCCGGCCUCUUGCAGGAAUGCAGCACUCUAGGCGGAUGUAAAACUGGCAGUGCUAAGAUUACUGGUGCUUAUGAGUUGCCUUGCAAGAAAGUUAUUCACGCCGUUGGUCCAGUUUACUCCAGAUCAGAGCGUGAAAAGAGUGCUCAGUUGCUAGCUAGCUGCUACACGACUAGCCUCCAGUUAGCAGUUGACAAUGACUGCAAGAGUGUUGCAUUUAGCGGUAUCAGUACUGGUGUUUACGGCUACCCAAGCCAAGAUGCUGCGUCUGUUGCAACUAAAGCAGUGAGAGGGUUCCUGGAGGGUGCUUCCGGAGAUAUGAUUGACAGGGUCAUUUUCUGCACAUUCGAGAUGAAGGAUGUCAAUGCAUACAACGAUUGGGUUCCCCGUGUUUUUCCACCAGCAGGGCAAGAUUUGAAGGGAGGAGACCAGGCCAACGAGAGCAAAGAGACUGAAGACAGCGACAAAGCUGAGAAAGCGAAGGUUGUUGAAUCCGGAGGUGCAGCUAUCGGUGGUGCUUCUGGAAACGUUGCUGGUUCCCAGACAACCGUCGAUGACCUUCCAGAGGUUCCAAAAGCAGAGCCAUCGACGGGGGACGGGCCAGAACCAAAGAGGCAGAAGCAGGAACCAUCAGACCCAUAGGAAAUUGCCGCGAAAUGGAUUCAUUCUUGGAAAUGACUAAAGCUAGUAGUUUCAGGAUCCAAUAUGAUCAUUCUGGUGCGUUUGGAAAAGCGUAGGAGGAAGGGGGGGGGGGGGUAGAAAGCCUAUUGUGGCCAGGGCAAUAGACGUG